CGAAGAGGUCAAGUCGUAACCAGCUUACAGUCUAGCCAAAUUCUCUUCCCGCCCCACUUUCUUUCGUCGUUGUUUUCGACGGUCUGCUCGACGCCAUUUCAGCUGCAUCGUCAGCGUUCACGCUCGCAUUUGUACCGUGGGCUCGUGCUGGUCAACGUUCGUUACGACGUCGCUAUCUGCCCCAGUCUAGCCUGCUAUUAGGCCUUAUUUCUUCAAUACAGCGUCUUGCCGUCUUUAUUUCUCGCCUGAAUUUCAGAUAUGGCCACAACUGCUCGACAACCAAAGCCUCUCAGGAAAGGCGCAGAGCCUGUUCGUGCUUGGACAGGCGCGCGGGCUUCUCCUACUUUCUCCGCGUCUGCACCUCCCUCACGCCCUCCAAACGCUCAACAGCCCGCGAGUCAGGGUGCUUUACCUCCCUCGGGUCAGGCAAAUGGCGUCAGGCCUGAAGAUAGCAUUCUUCGGUCUCUUUCAGGUUUGACUGGCACCACUAUCACACUUAUGACCAAGACGUCCAUCCAUUAUGAGGGCGUCAUAUUUUCGACAAGCGGUGAGGGCGACACGACCGGUGUCACUCUCAAAGACGUCAAAGAGAUCUCCAACCCUGGUGCCCAGCUCAGAGACUCGGUCUUUAUAGCUUCUACCAACAUUGAGAGGUGGGCGUCGGGUCCAGCUGAUGCUAAACCGACUAACGGCGAAACAUUUCGGACCGACGCAGAUAUCAGCCAAAAGAAGUUCGCUUCCAGAGAACGUGAAUUGCAGGCAUGGCAGCCCUCUUCUGAUGCUCCUAUGCUUGCCCAACACGCCCAAGGCGACGAAGCCACAUUUGGCCCUGGCGCAAGUAACUCGUCUUGGGAUCAGUUUGCUGUAAACAAAUCCUUGUUUGGAGUCACUGCUAGCUUCGAUGAGGAUGCAUACACCACAAAGCUCGAUCGUUCUACUGCGGAUUACAAGGAACGAGAACGCAAGGCCCAACGGAUUGCAGAUGAGAUUACGGGAGCUGCUGCAAGCAACCCUCAUAUCGCUGAAGAGCGGAAUCAGACCGUGGAUGAUAGCGGAGUGAACGAGGAGGACAAGUAUGGGGCAGUUGUAAGAGGAACCAAUGCGUACGUUCCUCCAGGCGCCCGGAAGCCUGGUGCCCUACCUCCUGUUUCCAACGCGGCAAGGAGUGAUGUUCCUAAAGUUUCUGUGAAUGGGCCAGACGGCGUAGCUGUUGCUUCUCAAUCUCAGUCUCCUCCCUCAUCAUCCAAGGCUUCUUCUCCCGCUCCUUCGUCUGGUUCGACUAAGCCGCCAGCAGAUGCUGUACCCGCUUUCCGUGAUUUCGUAACUAACGAAAAACAACGGCUCACACAGAAACGACAGGCUCUAGUCAAGAGUGAAAUGGAGAAGCGCGUGGCCGAGCUUGUAAAAUUCAGUCAGAAUUUCAAGCUCAACAAACCUAUUCCCGAUGACUUGGUUCCCAUUCUUGCUAAAGAUGAGGACAAGCAGCGAGCCAUCAAGGAGAAGGCGAGCAAAGAUGCUGCCUCUGCUCAAGCCCGUAACAUUGGAUCCAACGUGCCUUCUGGUGCCCCCCGGGCCAAUCCUGCCAAACUUGCUGACGCUGGACGAAAGCCAAGCGCAACGUCGACUGCCGUCAAAACGACAGCGCCACCUCCUGCUGCAGCGUCUGCUGUAACGCAGAAGCCUUCCGCUUCCACAAUGAAGCCGGUGGAAUCGACAGUCAAGAAGCCUAUCACUAUGGUCAUCCAGCCGAUACCCCCGUUCAAAGGUCCCAAGGGUCGCGCCGUUCAGUCAGCCUCUGCGACCAAGAACGCGAAUGGUGCCGCAGCCCCGCCCGCCCCAUUGCAAGAUUCUGCGCAUUCUCCUCCGUUAAAACUGCCACAGUCACCGUCUGCACGAUUGAAUGUUAACGCUUCAUCAUUCAGGCCUAAUCCCAAAGCGAGUGCUUUCACGCCGGGCACACCUUCUCCUGCUUCCUCUUCCGCGUCUCCUAAGCCAAAGGAUGCGGCAACCCCUAACCCAUUUUUCGGUACACGACCUAUCAAGAAAAGCUCCCCGGUCAACAUCAAGGAUGAUUUCAAUCCUUUCAAGCACAACAAAGUUGUUGAUGCCUCCGCAAUCACUGCUAUGUGGCCAUAUAAUGGCAAAAGGUACAUAUUGAUGUAUCCUCAACCACCGCACCAGCCCCCUCAGCACUCUCCUCAUAUGGUCGCACCCCCGCCUCCAAUGCCACCUCCUUCCUACGAAGAAGAUUCGGCAGCGCAAGCCGCGGCUCGUAGUGGGUAUAUAUUUUACCCUCCUUAUGGAUAUCCGGGCCAGCCUCCAAUGAUGGCAGGGAUGGCCCCCCCCGGUCCACCGGGUGCUUAUAUGCCUGGUCCGUUCAUGCAACCGAUGCCUUAUCCUCCCGCUAUGUAUGCUCCGCCAGGGAUGGGUCAAAUGCCUCCACAAGCUUACAUGCCUCCGCCACCCCCUCCGGGUACAUAUCCCUCAGCAAAUGGUGCGGGUCCUCGACAAUCGAUGCCUCCAACCCCAAUUCCGCAACAUGCGCAUACAUACUACCAUCAGAGUCCUCAAUUACAACAUGCAGUGCCAUAUGGUAUGAUGAUGCCGCCGCCUACUGUGCCUCCUCAUGGGUACGAGGGAGGUCCAGCGCCUGUGCCGAUGGGUGGACAUGCAUGAUGGAAAUGGGAUUGUGUUCCAUGUGUUUAUAUGCCAUCAUGAAUAUGUCCAGGCUGAGCUCUGAG